UUUGUAUCUGCUUCAGAGCGGAUUCAACCGCCAAGUAAGUUACAUUUUGCCAUGUCACGCUAAAUAAGUUUGAGACCAGUUUAUUUAUAUGAAAGUGGAUUGUGUGGGCACAGAGACAAAUGCCGCUGGAUAUAUGAUUUGAAAUGAGAGCCUGUCGUGUUUUUUGAAGGUAGUUCCCGGUGAUUUUUGAGCCGCUGUUAUUACUGUAUAGCUAAUGUUACACAGUGAAGCCAGUAGCCUCAUGUUUUCGUCAAGCCAAGAGGAGCACUGCGCCCCGUCCAAAGACCCAGUGAAAUACGGGGAGCUGGUGGUGCUGGGGUACAAUGGCUCUCUGCCCAACGGAGAUCGGGGUAGACGGAAAAGCAGAUUUGCGCUAUACAGGAGGACCAAAGCCAAUGGUGUUAAGCCGAGCACCGUGCACAUCCUCAACACACCCCAGGCAAGCAAGGCUGUGAACUGUAAAGGCCAACACAGCAUCUCCUACACGCUGUCCAGGAACCACACGGUCGUGGUGGAGUACUGCCAUGAUAAGGACACGGACAUGUUUCAGAUUGGGCGUUCCACUGAGAGCCCCAUAGACUUUGUGGUGACUGACACAGUAGCAGGAGGCCAGGAGGGAGAGGAGACUCCCAUCACACAGAGCACCAUCUCCCGUUUUGCCUGCCGAGUUGUCUGCGAGCGCAUCCCGCCUUUCACCGCUCGCAUCUACGCAGCUGGUUUUGAUUCUUCUAAAAACAUCUUCCUUGGGGAGAAAGCUGCAAAAUGGAAGAACCCUGACGGUCACAUGGACGGACUAACAACCAAUGGUGUGCUGGUAAUGCACCCCAAGGGUGGUUUCACGGAGGAGUCGAAGCCUGGCGUAUGGAGAGAGAUCUCUGUUUGUGGGGAUGUUUACACACUAAGAGAGACCCGCUCAGCACAGACUCCAGGCAAACUGGUGGAGCAUGAGAGUAACAUACUGCAGGACGGCUCCCUGGUGGAUCUAUGUGGAGCCACUUUGCUGUGGCGUACUGCAGAAGGCCUCUUUCACACUCCCACUCAAAAGCAUCUGGAGGCUCUCAGGCAGGAGAUCAACGCCGGGCGCCCCCAGUGCCCCGUGGGUCUCAACACUCUCGCCUUUCCCAGCAUGCAACGCACCCGUGCCCUCUCCUCCCUGGAGGACAAGCAGCCUUGGGUCUACUUGGCCUGCGGCCACGUGCACGGCCACCACAACUGGGGCCACCGUUCAGAGCAGGAGCCCAACACUCAGCGAGAGUGUCCCAUGUGCCGGGUGGUCGGGCCCUAUGUGCCACUGUGGCUGGGCUGCGAGCCGGCCUUCUACGUGGACACAGGUGCACCCACACACGCCUUCGUGCCAUGUGGACACGUGUGUUCGGAGAAGUCGGUCAAGUACUGGGCGGAGAUCCCUCUGCCCCACGGCACCCACGCCUUCCACGCCGCCUGCCCCUUCUGUGCCACCCAGCUCAGCCUCACUCAGGGCUUUUCCAAGUUAAUCUUCCAGGGCCCGGUGGACUGAGCUGAAGAGUCCUGCUCCGGCAGAGAAGAUUAGACAGGAAUGCUAACAUGCUGUGAAACUGUUGAAAUUAUUUUGUGCUUUCUUUUGUUCAUGUAAGCCAGCUGUGGAAAGGAGUAAGUCUUCUGGUCAUAUACUGUGGAUUCUGCACAACAGAGAGCCAUUACAGAUUGUUCAGGGCCUCUCGUGGCUAUUGUGAUGGCCACUGCGGGAUACAGAGACGUGGAGCACACUGGACCACAGAUGCCUUGCUCCUCCAGAAUGAAAUACUGUUUCAGCUGUCCUGCGAACCAACCGCUUUAAACACGGCUGUUUUAAACUACGCUCACUGCUGGUUUUUCAUCAGAGGGACGUUACAUUUAAGGUUGUAGAAGGAAUGAAUUGAUUUUAUUCAUGAAACAGACUGAACCAGAUCACAUUGGUGUGUUUGGGUCUGUUGGGAAAGAAAAAAGGGCGGAGGGUUUAUAGUUCAAUUCCUGGUGGGUCUGAGACAAAGUUUUUACAGAGCCAGACAGCUGGACUGUUGGCUGGGAGAAAAGCCGGGGGGCUAACUAGCUACGUGCUCCUCAUCGCCCCUGUUGGCCCUGAACCCCUAACGGCAUCUAGACCACGUAGCUCUCUCGGCUUCCGUUUGCUGAACACACUUUGAGGAGGGGGGGG